ACGUUCAAACUGAGCUUCCACGACUCCUCUACAGCAGGCGUUUCAAACUCCAAUGAGGAACUGUUACGGGUGUGGCGAUAUUUAUUACUGUAGCAAGAUUGCACGCAAUAUAAUGUACCACAUGUACAUUACCCCACGGCGUCUUCAUCUAGGGAGGCUUGGAGAAAAUAAGAUGACGUUUGUUCAAUUUCUGAAAAAUUACUUGUUUGAUGUCAUGGAACUUUUCUUAUUUGGUGAGAAUUUUGUCAGUGUUUCACUCUUCUCCAACUUGCAUUGUUUUGUUUUGUUUUUUGUGUCAAGCAUUACUGAGUAAAUGUGUCCACACAAAUUACACGUCAAUUUUCACAUUAAACAAAACGGAAAUAUUCCUCCUGAAGGAAAAAAAUAAACAUUUUGCUCACACUUAUAUAACGCAACAUAACCCAGUCAAGCAUUUAAACACAUUUUAUUUGUGUAAGAACUGAUUUAGUAAGUUAUGCAAUUGUAACAGCAUUGUCAGUUGUAAUGAGUGGAAUCUUUCUGUGUGCAUUGAUCUGGAUGAUGUACUGUACUUGCUCUAAAAAUAACUGACUCGAGUCAUUUCUGUAUGAACAAAAUUGUAAUAUAUACAUGCUGUAAAUUAUACUGGUAUUUGUUUUGAUCUUUUUUUUUUUUUUUUUACAUAAAUUAUCUGCACAAACCAAAACACUUGGAUUUAUUUGUCUGAUUUUGCGUUCACAUGCGUGUUACAUUGGCACCUUAUAUUAGACAGUAAGUGAACAGUCAGUUCUCGAAGUUGAUGUGUUGGAAGCAGGAAAAAAUGGGCAAGCUGACCAAAGGAUCUAAGAGAUUUUGACAAGGGCCAAAUUAUGAUGGCUGGACGACUGGAUCAGAGCAUGUCCAAAACAGCAGGUCUUGUGAGGUGUUCUGGUUAGUACAUAUUAAAAGUGGUCCAAGGAAGGACACCCGGUGAAUCGGUGACGGGGUCAUGAUCACCCAAGUCUCAUUGAUGCGUGUGGGGAAUGAAGACUAGCCUGACGUGUCUGAUCCCACAGAAGAGCUACUGUAGCACAAACUGCUGAAAAAGUCAAUGCUUAAAUGCAUUAAGUUAACACCACACACCUUGUGUCUCCGCGUGGAGUCCAUGCUUGGAGAUGUUUGGGUGGCCCAAGAAGGACCUACACAAUAUCAGGUAGGUGGUUUUAAUAUUAUGGCUGAUCGGUGUGUAUCUGCGCAAAUGUUGCGCAUUUGUAACGCGCACGAAGGUAUCCUUUGAAUGUAUGGCGGCGUCGUUUGUGUGGAUUAUGCGUCAACCUUUCUGUCCUGGUUAUGGAAACGUUUAUGAUUCAUGCGAUUAUAUGUAGACAAUAAACUAGUAUUUAAAAAAACAAAACAAAUGGGAGAUAUGUUUUUUUAAAGAAGUAGCGCUAGAAUUGAGUGCUGUUACUGUACGGAGCUAAAUAGCUAGCUUAGCUUCCUGCAUUAAGGCCUAAUUGUGAGCUUGGCACGUUUUAGGAAGCAGCCUUGGGGAUAGAUAUGAGUGUUUAGUUACAUAUUGUAUCAUUUUGAGUUUAGUCAGUUAAUCUGCUUUGAAAUUAUAUAGUGAGGUUCUGCAAACAUGUUAAAUGACCUGAGCAUUGGAUGAUGAUGAUGAUGAUGACCUGCUAAUUUAGACAUUGAUCUCUGAAGGCUUUAUUCUGAAGGUCCACCUUCCUCUGAGCUGAAGCUUUAUCUCCUAGAACAGCAGCAAACAUGACUGGAAUCCAAUCCAGAGAUGAGUCGGUUGGAGACAGUUCUGAUGAUGAACCUCUGAGUAAAAUGGUGAAACCUGGCAAGAAGUGUCCAGAAGAUGCAUCCUCGGAUAUCAUGGAAGAUGCUUCACCAAAGAAAACCCUUAAAGAACCGACCUCUGCUGCGGAUGAGUGCCCUGGACACAGCUCUGAUGACGAGCCUCUGAGCAAACUGACUGAAUCAAAGGGGGCGAAGCGCUCAAGUAAACAAAAAGAGACUGCUACGGGGAAGCAGUCAGAAUCUGAAGACGAUCAGCCGCUGACGAUGAUCAUCAAGAAGAAGAAGCAGAAGGCUGACACAGAAGAGCAUGAAGAUGCCAAGAAGACCAGAAGCCCAAAAAAGCGUAAAGCUGUGACGAAGGCCUCGAAGCUCAGAGAUUCAUCACCCUCACCAUCGCCGUCGCCAGUGAAGGCCACACAGAGAAGAGGACAAAAAGGUAAGGACGAGUCGAAAAAGAAAGCACCGGCACAUUCACCAGCUGUGAACACAACGCCUAAAAGGAGAGGUCGUGCCAAGAAAGAAGGAAAAGCCCCGUGUAGCGACAGCUCGGACGACGAGCCCUUGAGCGAGCUGGCGUGGAAGAGGAGCGAGCCGGAGAUGAAGCAGGCGGUGGUGCUGGUGGAGAGGAUGUCUGAAAGAGACGUUAAGGAUGCAGUGGCACGUGGACGCGCACACAGCCAAGAGCAGAAAAGUACAGCCAGAGCAGAGUGUGCAGCGGAGGGCUCAGACGAGGAGCCUCUGAGUCAUAAGAUGAAGAGACUGAAAGAGCAGAGCAAGACUGCGAAAGGCAGGAGACCAGUGGCAGAUGCCAGUUCAGACGACGAGCCCUUGGUGAGGAAAGUGAAAGCAGCGAAGGUGAAGGAUAAGUUUAGAAAGAGAGCUAACGGAGAAGAGGACACAGUCAAACAAGACAGAGAGCUGAGCGAGGAGGACGAGCGUCCACAUUGAGAGCCUGGCAGCAGUCACACACAACACAACACGUCUCGCACACGAAUUUAACAGAAGAAACGAGAAGAGGACUCGCUUGUUUCACCGUUCUGUGGAUCAGUAGUUCUGUGCUUCAUUCCUUUAUUUAUGUAUAGGAACAACGUCGCAUUUUCUGAACUCCUAAACCCCGAAACGUGAAUCCCUUUCACUCCAUAACACAUUGAAAAGCUUGAAGUAGUUUCUUUUAUAUUGUUUUAGCAUUUUAUAUUUUGUAUGGUCUUAACCAGGCUUCGGUCUUUUACAUCGUGUACGCUGAUGGUUUUUGAUUUGUAUUUUAAAACAAACAAAAAAAGUCACUAAAUGUUAUUUACAUAGUUUCUAGGAAGGAAAGUGAAAUGAAAUGUGUUUUUUUGAUAAUAAUAUUGACGUGUACACAAGUAUAAAACACAGUGGUGUGAGAGAUAAAUGUGGAGAACGCUGUACAGUAGUUUUCUUUUUGUUUUUUGAUGACCGUCGUUUAGUUUCUUGUGAUUAAUGUGAUUUUACCAGAUCAGAUUGUUGGAAUUGCCAACAAAUGAAAUAUUCCCGCUGUCAAUACAAUCUAAAGGCUUAAAAAAAUAAAUUAAAUCAGUGACUUUGUAAUGAAAAUUGUAGGAACUCUGUGGUUAUUGCCUCUCACCGCUUUUUUCUUUACCGAUCCAUACCAUUUUGUCACUCGGCUCUAAUAUAAAUGUCAAGCUUUAGCAAAAAGCAGCGCACAGACUGAUCUUUAUAUAUACAGUCCCCUUCGACACUAUUGGAAAGGAAAGGAAAAUUCAUUUGUUUUUGCUGUGGACUUAAGACAUUUGGGUUUGAGGUCAAAAGAUGAAUAUGAGAAGAGAGUUUUGAAUUUUAGCUUUUAUUUCCUGAUAUUUAUAUGUAAAUGUCUUCAACAAUAUAGAACACAGCACACUUUAUAUCAGAUCACCAAUUUUGUAGGUGAGCAAAAAAUACUGGAACAUGUGACUGACAGGUGUUUCCUUGUUACCCAGGUGUGUCCUGUUAGAUUGAUUGCUUAAACAAUAAAUAGCUCUGAGCAUCUACUCUUGGUUUUAGCUUUCAGUUUCUCCUGUGAAGACUGCAUUUGUUGUUAAAAAGGAUAAACUAACAUGAAGAUUACAGAGCCGUCUAUGGGAGAAAAAAUCCAUCAGAGGCACUGCACAAACACUGGGCAUAGCCAAUAGAACAACUUGGAAUGUCCUGAAAAAGAAAGAAACCACUGUUGUACUGAGCAAC